AUGGACCGAGAGCUGCCCACGAAGCUGGAUGGAGAAGAGUCCUCUGCCACGGAGGAUCUGGGAGGAGAGAUGCCCUGUGCUGGGAGUGGUACGGAAGGAGACUUGUCCUGUGCUGAGAGUGACAUGGAAGCAGAGAUGCCCCUUGCUGAGAGCAGCAGGAAAGAAGCAGCAUCUUGUGCUGGGAGCAGCCGGGAAGGAGAGAUUCCCAGGACUGACAGCGAUGGGGAAGGGGAGACGCCCUGUGCCGAGAGCGAUGCGAAGGGAGAGGAGGCGUCUUGCUACGAGAGCGAUGGGGAAGAGGCACCAGACACUGAGAUCCCUGCUGCUUCCAAGAAGAUGUCCUCCAUCUCCUCCCCCCUGCGGGCCAUCAUCCGCCUGCGGCGGCGGUACCGGGUGCAGAAGAAAAGCCGCCUGCUCUUGGAGCUCCCCCGAGAAAAGCCUGCAGAGCUGGUCCAUACCAGGCUGCUCCAAAGGCAGCUUUCCCUGAACAGAACUAGCCUGUAUGGCCCACCCAUGUCUUUCUUUAACCAGACCAGCUUGGAAACUUCCCAGUACUUCACCUUUGACACAUCCGUGGAGCAACACGCCAUGAAAAAAUGCAGGCGGAAAAAGAACCGCAGGAAAUCUCGGAUGGUCCUGUACCCUGAUAAAACAAAGAGGUACCUUCCAACGGAGGAGAAGAGCAAGGCAAAACGCUGCCUCCUCUUGCUCAUUGUUAUCAUCUUCUUCCAGAUCCUCAAUGCUAUAGAGAACCUGGACGAUAACCUCCAAAAAUAUGACCUAGAUGGUUUGGAGAAAACAAUGCACCGGGAGGUCUUUGGGCAGAAGGUCGCUGUGGAAAGUCUGAUGGAGCUGCUGAAGGACUACCUGGCUACCCACAUACACAACAAGCCUCUAGUGAUCUCUUUAAAUGGCCCGACAGGAGUUGGGAAGAGUCAUGUUGGCUGGCUGCUGGCCAAACACUUCCGUUCCGUCAUGGACAAUGACUUUGUGCUUCAGUACUUUGUCAUGCAUCACUGCCCCAAAGGGGUGGCCCCUCUCACUUGUGAGAUAGACCUGUCCAAGAAGAUUUCUGAAAUGGUUACAAGAGCUGAAAUAGAGGAGAAGAUACCGCUGUUCAUUCUGGAUGAGGUUGAACUCAUGUCUCCAGUGCUGCUGGAUACUCUCAGCCGAUUCUUUGAGCCCAACCAGACCAAUGAGUUCCUCAAUGCCAUCUACAUUUUAAUAAGCAACAUAGGAGGUGGUGAAAUCGCCAAGUUCGUUAUCCAGAACGCGUCUGCUGAGCUUCUGCACCAGCCAAGGGGAGCUGAAGAGCUGCUGAGCAUCAUCCAGCCUGUACUGAUCAAUAUCCACCCUCUCUGGAAAUCUGCAGACAUCAUCCCGUUUGUUCUUCUGGAGAAGACUCAUGUCAUAAACUGCUUCCUGGAGGAGAUGAGGAGGGAAGGGCUCUAUCCUGACCAGAAGCACAUUGAAAAUUUAGCGGGUCAGCUCAGUUACUACACUACAGGGGACAAGCAGUACUCCAGGAUGGGCUGUAAGCAGGUUGUGGCCAAAGUCAACCUGCUGUAG